AGACACACACCGGGAGCCGAGGCUCCAGUCUCCGGCCGAGCCUUCUCGCAGCCGCAGCCCACCUGGGGCCAGCCCGGUGCGGCCGGCGCUGCUCAGCUCCCUCCCUCCUUCCCGGCCCUUCGGCCGCGGCGGCGCGCGCCUGCCUUUUCUGGGGGCGGGGGCCCGGCUCGCGCUCUCCCCUCUCCGAGGCGCCCGCUCGGACAUCCCGAGGAUUGCUACUUCUCUGCCAACUUCGCCAACUCACCCGCACUUGGAGCGGCCCGGCUCCCCGCCCGGCGCCCUCGGGCCGCCCCCCCCUCGGCUCCUCGCCCUCUCCGACCGCCGCCUCUCGGAUGACCGGGUUCCAGGGGAGCUGAGCGAGCCGCCUCCCCCGCCCAGCCUCAGCCCUGGCCUCAGCGGCCGCGCGCGCCAUGCGCCCCCAGAUCCCCCCGGCCCGGCCCGCCGCCCCGGGGCCGCUCUGCUGACCGCCCGGCCCCGCGCCCCGACGGUGGGAAGUUGCGGUCGCUGCGGUUGCAAGCUCCGACCCGCCCGGGAAGCGUCCCCGCGGGGAGCGCAGCGCGGCGCCCCCCGCCCGCCCCGCCGCUGCCGGGCGCCCGCUCACCUCCCCCACCCCCGCCUCCCCAACGUCCCUCCCUUUUCUCCUCAAGUCCUGAAGUUGAGUUUGAGAGGCGACACGGCGGCGGCGGCCGCGCUGCUCCCGCUCCUCUGCCUCCCCAUGGAUAUGCACUGCAAAGCAGACCCCUUCUCCGCGAUGCACCCAGGGCACGGGGGUGUGAACCAGCUCGGGGGGGUGUUUGUGAACGGCCGGCCCCUGCCCGACGUGGUGAGGCAGCGCAUCGUGGAGCUGGCCCACCAGGGUGUGCGGCCCUGCGACAUAUCCCGGCAGCUGCGGGUCAGCCACGGCUGUGUCAGCAAAAUCCUGGGCAGGUACUAUGAAACCGGCAGCAUCAAGCCCGGAGUGAUCGGAGGCUCCAAGCCCAAAGUGGCGACCCCCAAAGUGGUGGACAAGAUUGCUGAAUACAAGCGACAGAACCCAACGAUGUUCGCCUGGGAGAUCCGAGACCGGCUCCUGGCCGAGGGCAUCUGCGACAAUGACACGGUGCCCAGCGUCUCCUCCAUCAACAGGAUCAUCAGGACCAAAGUUCAGCAGCCUUUCCACCCAACGCCGGAUGGGGCUGGGACGGGAGUGACUGCCCCUGGCCACACCAUUGUUCCCAGUACGGCCUCCCCUCCUGUUUCCAGCGCCUCCAAUGAUCCAGUGGGAUCCUACUCUAUCAACGGGAUCCUGGGGAUCCCUCGCUCCAAUGGUGAGAAGAGGAAACGUGAUGAAGAUGUGUCCGAGGGCUCAGUCCCCAAUGGAGACUCCCAGAGUGGCGUGGACAGUUUGCGGAAGCACUUGCGAGCUGACACCUUCACCCAGCAGCAGCUGGAAGCUUUGGAUCGGGUCUUUGAGCGUCCUUCCUACCCUGACGUCUUCCAGGCAUCAGAGCACAUCAAAUCAGAACAGGGGAACGAGUACUCCCUCCCAGCCCUGACCCCUGGGCUUGAUGAAGUCAAGUCGAGUCUAUCUGCAUCCACCAACCCCGAGCUGGGCAGCAACGUGUCAGGCACGCAGACAUACCCCGUGGUGACCGGUCGCGACAUGGCGAGCACCACCCUGCCUGGUUACCCCCCUCACGUGCCCCCCACUGGCCAGGGAAGCUACCCCACCUCCACCCUGGCAGGAAUGGUGCCUGGGAGCGAGUUCUCCGGCAACCCGUACAGCCACCCCCAGUACACGGCCUACAACGAGGCUUGGAGAUUCAGCAACCCCGCCUUACUAAUGCCGCCCCCCGGGGCUCCGCCCCUGCCGCUGCUGCCGCUGCCUAUGACCGCCACUAGUUACCGCGGGGACCACAUCAAGCUUCAGGCCGACAGCUUCGGCCUCCACAUCGUCCCCGUCUGACCGCCCACCCCGGAGGGAGGGAGGACCGACGCGACGCGAUGCCUCCCGGCCACCGCCCCAGCCCCACCCCCACCCCAGGAACCCUGCAGCCCUUCACACCACCCCGUCGAAGGCCGGACAGGACGGGUGGAGCCGCGGGCGGGACCCUCAGGCCCGGGCCCACCGCCCCCAACCCCGCCCGCCGCCCCUCCCCGCCUGCCUGGACUGCGCGGCGUCGAGAGGAGGGCGCGACCCAGCUCGCCCCGACUUGGCCCGAGCCGGCCCCGGAGCGGACCAGCCACACCGCGGGACCCUGGCCGGGCCCGCCGCCACGCGCGGGGGACACGUUUCUGUGACACACAAUCAGCGCGGACUGCAGCGCGGCCCAGCCCCGGAGCGGCCCGCCUCGGACGCUCCGGCGCCUGGAGGCUUCGCUGGAGGGACUGGGCGAAGGAAAUUAAGAACAAAACGAUUUUUCUGCAGAAGGAGGAAGAGCCCCCUGCCGAACCCUCGGGGAAAAGUCCUUACGCUCGCGCCAGCCGGACUGCCCCCACCUUCCGAGUGUGCCCUACCCCAGAAGGCGGAACGGAAUGGGGGCGUGGGGUGCGGGCUCUUGGGACGGGGGUUGGGGUCAUCAGGUCUUUCCGAAGUUGGGACCCAAGGCACGCAGGCCCCAGCAGCGCGCACCCACCGAGCCCUACUCUUGGCUCUACCCUAUUCCACCUGAACUGCCUGGUUCCCCAGGGCACGCCUACUAGUGACCAGACUCUCGGCCCCAUCUCGCCCCUACCUCAGCGUCUCUUCCAUCUGCGGCCCUCCCAUUCUUCCCCCCUGCCUGUCCUUUUCCCACCCCACGACUCUGCACCUCUCCUUCCUAACUCCUCGCCCCUGCGGAGGCUCUCCAGUGCCCGCUGCAGGACCAGUUUCCGUAGGCCGCGGGCACUGGUCUUCCCGGGCAGUUCCUGGACGUCCCCUCCCCCGACACAGACUCGCGAUCUGCCGGUGGUAGGAGCCGGUUCUGAGCCGGAGUCUGAGCUGCGGCGGGGUGGGGGUGAGGGCCGCCCGCCCCAUCCCCACCCCCACCCCCAGCCUCCUCCUCCGGCAGGAACUGAACAGAACCGCGAAAAGUCUACAUUUAAUAUGAUGGUCUUUCCAAAAAGGAGAAGCAAAACAAAACAGAAACCCAACAGGCUGCUGCUUUGUAAAAAGACGGUGUGUGUCGUGUGAAGGCGAACCCCGAUGUAUAUAAGCCCGCCCCUCCGCCCCGCCCCGCCCGGUAGAGUCCCCGCUGCCCGCCCGCCCUGCCUGUAGAUACGCCCCUCUGUCUGUGCUGUGAGAGUCGCCGCUCGCUGGGGGGGAGGGGGGGGACACAGCUACACGCCCACUAAAGCACAGCACGUCCCGGGGGAGGGGGGCAUUUUUUAUGUUACAAAAAAAAAAAAAUUACGAAAGAAAAGAAAUCUCUAUGCAAAACGACGAACAUGGUCCUGUGGACUCCUCUCGCCUCUGUUUCGUUGGCUAUUUCUCUGUAAUUCCGUGUUUUCGCUCUCCUCGUCUCUCUCCUCCGCAUCUCUCCCCUCUCUCCAUCUCUCUCGUCCCCGCCUCUCUCCCCCUCUGUCUCCGUCUCCGUCUCUGUCUCCGCCCCUCCCUCGGCCUCUCCCCCAGCCCCGGCCCGGCCGCCUAGCCCUCGCCGGCUAGCCCCGAGGUGGCCCCCCGACCCCAGCCCCGGGCUCGCCCCUCCGGCCGUGCCCCGCGCGCCCUGGGCCGCCCCGCCCCGUAGUUGCUCUCUCGGUAGCGGCGAUGCGCCCUGCAUGUCUCCUCACCCGUGGAUCGUGACGACUCGAAAUAACAGAAACAAAGUCAAUAAAAGUGAAAAUAAAUAAAUAAAUAAAUAAAAAUCCUUGAACAAAUCCGAAAAGGCUUGGAGUCCUCGCCCAGAUUAUCUCUCUCCCCUUCGAGCCUUGUUAUUUGAAAAGGAAAACGAGAAAAGAGAAUAGUUGAAGGGAACUGCCGGCGCCCGGCCAGGCUCCAGUGGCCCGAGUGGGGGCGGCGAGGGCGCUGAGGUUCAAACUCCGAGGCCCGGUCCUUCCCAGUCCUCGUGGAGCUGGCCUGGCCGGGCAGGGGCCCCAGACCCAGGACCCAGCCAAACCCUCGAGAGAUCCCCGACAGCUCUGGUCUCCUUAGCCACUUUCAGCGCGUCGGUUCGUUUUGAUUCUUUUCUUUUUCUUUCUUUUCUUUUCUUCUUUUUUUUUUUUGUGCACAUGA